UCACGUUUGGUUUGGUAAUCGUACAUGCGGUGACCAGAAUCUCACUCAUCUCGCCCGACUGAUGUCCAUAAAAGGCCGCAGCCUUCGAAUGGAAGGUCCUCCGAUAGAGCAGAUGAGUCCUUUAUUUUUUUAUAAAAUUCUUUUCUAUGGUUAAGAAUUUUUGUCAACCACAGAUCCUUUGUUGUGUAUAAAUUAAAUUUGUCUGAUUUCUUCCGUAUAUUCAUUGUGGUACUAACAGUGUUACUUGAAGAAUUUAUCUUCUCCUUUUGGCUGUUUAUAAAACACCUGUAAAGAAGGUUUUCUUCUCUGAUGUUUGUUAUCUGGAAAAUUUUAACAUACUCUUUUGCACUAUACUUAUUGUGUUAUAUGUGUUUCUUUAUCAUUCUUGAAAUUUUUGUGUGCCCAUGUUUACGAUCUUUAGAUAUGUGCUUAUUUUUUUCUACUCAAUUUAUGUUUUGCUUACUCAUGUUCAUUGUCAUUAAGGAUGGCCGACCCACUUUGUAGAUACGUAGAGAGUGACCGUCCAUUUUUGGGGAUUUGCCUUGGACUUCAAUUAUUGUUCGAGUACAGUGAAGAGAAUGGUCCAGUAAAAGGUCUUCGUUUGAUACCUGGUGUUGUUGGACGUUUUGAUUCAUCAAAUGGUCUCAGAGUACCUCAUAUUGGCUGGAAUGCUUUGCAAACCACCAAAGACACUGAAAUUUUGGAUGAUGUUAGAGGGUGUCAUGUCUAUUUUGUUCAUUCCUAUCGUGUGAUGCCUUCAGAUGCUAACAACGAGUGGAUUUCAUCAAUGUGUAAUUAUGGUGAUAGCUUUGUUUCGUCUAUAACAAGGGGUAAUGUGCAUGCUGUCCAGUUUCAUCCGGAAAAGAGUGGAGAUUCCUUAUGAGGUAGUUUGCAAACAAACUAAGCUUGACUAGCUCCAGAACUGAGUAUGUCAUUAUGAGGAUAUAGGAUGCGGAGUGCCAAGUUGGUUAUGAUUUUACCUUUAUCUUGUGGAUUAUUUUAAUUGGCGAUAAGGAAAGAUGAUGUUUAGUUUUUGGUUACUUACUAGAAGUUGUUAUGGAAAUGGGUGUUUUGCUCCUAUCUUUCUUAAUUCAAGUACCUGGAAGGAGGAUGAGGAAAUUAGAGAAUGAUUUUCUAUAGGUAAUUUUGGACUUCUCUAUGUUAUUGUUUAGUUUCAAACUGUUGAUAUGGGAUUGAUUUUGUUGUUUGAUUUCUUCAGUAGGACUGACAAUUAUCUUCACUCUAUUAUCAACUUUUCACGAAGGCUAACAUCUUAUACAUACUGAUCGGGUCAUAAGGAGGGGCCCGCUCGACAAAAGUGGUCAAUGACAUGGUGGAGGUCAAAGUCAAGACGGUUAACACUCUUAUGUUAUCGUCCGAGCGGAUAACCCAUUUGUCCGACCGGAAUAAAGAAUAUCCGAUCUGAAAUUAACACAGCUCAGCCAUGCACCGAGCUUCCGACGCUAAGGAAACCAAGUAUCGGCGAAGAGCCGUCGAACGACUAACCUGCUCGGACUUACAUCAACGUGAGGAGCCAGCGAAGAUGAGUCACGACCGAGCCAACUGCGUGCAGGCAUGGUUCCUUUGAUCGGCGAGACAAAGGAACCCGGACAGUUGAAUGAUGGCCGAGCGGACACCCCGCUCGGCCCGACGAUGACAUUCGGAUAGCUAAACCUUGGCCGAGCGGACCCUCCGUUCGGCCUGGUAGUAGACAAAAGGAGGAUUAGACGAUAUCUUCUUGGGAACCAGUGCCGCCGACAGGCGACAUGGUUAGCGGCAUGGUCAAGUAGAGAAUCGUACGAUGGAGCUUCCACUAUCAUGCCAAAGAUAUGCUCGGGUCGUUAAGGUAUGAUACCAGGUACACUUUCCUUACACGUCUUUUCAAAAAAAGCUUUGAGAAGCGUUCACACUUCGAGAAGCGUGCACGCGUACUCCCGAAGCCCUAUAUAAAGAGCCCUAAAGCUUCAUCGGAGGUAUGCAAGUUCUACUGUAGCUACUGUUACGCUGCUUCUUUCGCUUUCCUGCUUCCACAUCUUUCAUACAGCCGGAGGCUGACUUGAGCGUCGGAGGGCCAACGUCGGGGAACCCCUCCCUGGCUCGGUACUGACGUUUUGUGGUUGUAGGUCCAUCCAGUUGAAGGUCCACUCACGAUCAACAGGAGUGCCACGUCCCCAACAUCCAUCGCCUUGACUUUCGGAUAGGAUCAAAUUUGGCGCUGUCUGUGGGAACGUACCUGCAUCCAAGUCGAGAAGAUGAAAGAAGCUGGACGACUUCACACCAUGACGCUCACUCAAGAGGAGCUUGAUGAGCUCAUACAAGCACGAGUGGCAAAAAUAAUCGAGCAGCAGCAGCAAAAUGCACUAACCGAUCGGCUGGCGCAACAAGCAACAUCGGCAUCAGGAGGCCGAGCGGCGCAUGAAGAUCGGCCGGAACAACUCUCCAUCUGGGGACAAAAUAGAGGGUUGACCGACACACAAGGAGAAGCACCGCCCUCCCUGAUACCAUUUCACCGGGCUCUAUUCUAAACGCCCUUCGAAAUCGCGCAGGCGAAUCAGGAUCGAAGAUCCUCUUCAGACGAAGCGCUCGUUCGAGAUGCGCGGAAGGACAAGGGGUCCCCGGGCGACGCGUCUCCCGAGCGGAUCAACCGCUAGUUCUCCGAAGAAAUUUUGCAAGAUCCCUUGGCGAUUGGAGAGUACAAUGGGUCGACCGAUCCGAACGACCGUCUUGGUACGUUCGACAACGCUGCGACUCUUCAUCAAUAUACAGAUGGGGUGAAAUGCUGAAUCUCCCUCACCACACUCUCUGGCUCGGCACAAUGCUCAUUCCAAAGGCUGCCAGAUGGAUCCAUCCAGAGCUUCAAAGACUUCCGAACGGCCUUCUUACACCAUUUUACGAGCAGCAGACGCUAUCAAAAGACGAGCGUCAGUUUAUUUUCCAUAAAACAGGGGCCGAGAAAAUCCCUCCAAGCGUACAUUCAGCGCUUCAACUAAGUAGCCACGGACAUCCCUUCGGUCUCAUCUGAGACCAUGAUGAACGCAUUCACUCAGGGGAUUGUUGAAGGAGACUUCUUCCGGUCACUCAUUAGGAAGCCGUCCCGGGACUACGACCACAUGCUCAGGAAGACCAAUGAAUACAUCAAUGUGGAGGAGGCCCAGGAAGUGAGAAGGAAGGAGGUACCGACCAAACCCUCAGCGUCGACCGAACGACGAUCCCCGAGUAGAUGCGUUUGAGAAAUCAGAAAAUGUAGCAUAAAGGGAGAGCAUUUUUUCACCUUAAUUAGGUAAUCAACAUCUUACACAAAAGAAAGAUAUGAUACAAGCAUCAAAUAUUAGUUGAAUUUUGGGUAUAGAGAAAACCUUGCAAAAAUCUAUUUCCCUGAAAUC